CUGAGUUGGAGCAACGCUGUCAAACUAAGUUAACCAGGACUAUAGUGUUAGGAUGUCAGUAUUAGUGUAUGACAGCUGACUACAAAAAAAUUCUGGAGAGCAAAAUGUGCGUUAGGUUGAGUGGCAGCUGAGCUUUAGAAAGUUAGACAAAACGUAGCUAACAUUAGUUUGACAGAUAGCUUGAUAGUUUAGCUUAGCCAUGACAGGGACGUGUUUAUACCUCUCUCAUGUCAACCACUGGUCUUUAACUGUGGACUAACGCAGGUGAAUGCUUCAGAUUUAAAUUACAUUGCCGGGUAAUGGUUAGUUUGUAAAUUUAGCCUAUAUUUGAGCAAAAAGUUAACUUCUAACCCAAGGCAGAUUAAGGUUAGCCUGCUAGCACCGCGUAAAACCACUGACUAACCACGAAUCUGUUUCUGUGGGAAUUAUGAGCACCAGUAAUAAUUAUGCAAGUCGCAAACGGAGGAAACCUGUCCAGAAAAGUGUGCAGCAGUCUCCUCCUGAAUGUGUCAAAUCAAAUCCUUCCAAACGACAUCGAGACCGGCUGAAUGGAGAGUUGGACAGGUUGGCCAGCCAGCUUCCUUUCCCGCAGGAAGUUAUAUCCAAGCUGGACAAGCUCACCAUACUGAGGCUAAGUGUGAGCUACCUGCGGGCCAAAAGUCACUUCAAUGUGACCCUGAAUUCAAAGUACUCCAACCAGCUAGCAAAUAACACUAAACCACACAUUCAGGAGCUGCCAGAGGGAGAAUUGUUGCUACAGGCUAUAAAUGGCUUUGUGUUGGUGGUCACCUCCAAUGACACAAUUUUCUAUGCUUCCUCCACCAUUGAGGACUACUUGGGGUUCCAUCAGUCGGAUCUCAUCCAUCAGAGUGUUUAUGAGCUCGUUCACACUGAAGACCGGGCUGAAUUUCAGAGGCAGCUCCACUGGGCACUCAACCCCAGCUGCAUCCCAGACACCGGACAGCUAGUGCAAGCUUCUCAGGAUGCACCGCUGCCUCAGACAUACUACAGUCCAGAGCAGUUGCCACCAGAGAACUCCACCUUUCUGGAGCGAAAUUUUGUUUGCAGGUUAAGAUGUCUUUUGAAUAACUCCUCUGGCUUUCUUGCCGUGAACUUUCAGGGGCGUUUGAAGUUCUUGUAUGGGCAGAAUGAGAGGACAGCAGAUGGGAAACCCGUCCCUCCUCAGCUGGCUCUGUUUGCCCUGGCCUUCCCUCUGCAGCCACCUUCCAUACUGGAGAUCCGCACCAAGAGAUGCUUUUUUAAAACCAAGCAUAAGCUGGAUUUCACGCCCACCGCGUGUGACGCAAUAGGGAAGAUUGUUCUUGGCUACACGGAGGAAGAGCUGUGUUACCGUGGCUCAGGCUAUCAGUUCAUCCAUGCAGCUGACAUGCUCUACUGCGCCGAGAACCACAUACGGAUGAUGAGGACGGGUGAAAGUGGGUUGACUGUGUUCAGACUGUUGACAAAACAGAACAUCUGGGUUUGGGUGCAAUCCAACGCCAGACUUGUCUACAAAAAUGGGCAACCAGAUUGCGUCAUCGCCUCACAGAGAGUCAUCACGAACGAGGAGGGUGAGGAGAACCUGAGAAAGCGUGCUAUGAUGCUUCCUUUCAGCUUCACUACAGGAGAAGCUGUUCUCUAUGACAUGAACCUGCUCAGAUCUCAGAGUAACACCAUACCUUCUGAUACCACUGCUCUGGAUGACAGUACCCAAGCCAGAUCCACUGGAACUGUAGACCCCGACUCCCUGCUGGGCUCCAUGCUGAAGCAGGAUGAGUCGAUUUAUGUGUGUCCUGCAGAUGAGCACUCUGUAUCAGUACAGGGUUUAGAGAACGAGGAUCUUGGUGGCAUCUUCUCCAGUAACUGGCAAGAAAGUGCUCUUUCACUCUCUGAAAGCUCUCUUUUCAAACAAGAGCCAGUCGUUAACUCUGGAGGAGACGACAGCUGUGAGAUACUGAACUUCAUGGGGAGCUUAGGGAUCAGACCAGAAGAUCUGAAGUUCCUUCAGGAUGAACUGUUCCUCAGGAUUGACCUCGGUGGUCAGAAUGAUGUGGCAGACCUCACAGAUGGCAUCUUCUCCUAUGUACAACACUCUCUCAGGACGGAGGCAGACUGUAUAAUGUCUGGUGACAGCCUGAAGGAUCUCAUCGGGAAGCCUAUGCAGACCUUCACACCUCCACAGCGAGCAUCUGCAUUAAUCUUACAGGAUUCAUGUGAUCCUCUCACAUUAGUACCUCAGGAACAACAGAUGACUUUUACAACAGAACAUCCUGAAACAAAGACACAAUAUUUCACACCAAUACACCCUCAGAGUGAACCGCAGGCCAUACCAAAUCUCCAAAACGUAAUGUCUCAACCAUAUAACGAAAUGGGAAUCACACAAUGCGAACCUUCACACAUAACAACCCAAAAACACCAAGUUCAGAUGAUAAGCCAACAGUCUCAGUGCUCAUACCUUCCACCUCUCCAUCUGCUGGAGUGUAAAACACUCAAAAAUGCUCAGGUUUGUGGGAACCUCACUGAAGUUCUGGUCAGCGACACUCAGCAGGUUCCUCCUCUCUUCCAGCCAGAGCUCCAACAGCCUGGAUGCUUUUACCUGGAGUCGCCCCUUCAGGAUCUGAAGCACCCUAAUAGGAACCAUCUGAGCACUGUGUCCUUCAGCUGCUCCCAGCAGCACUCUUCACCUUAUAUCACUGCAGGUGACACAAGUAUGAGUGAGUUCACUGCUCAGGACCUUGAAGUGCUGCUCAGUGGCCUGGAUGGUGAUGUGGAGAGGAACGAGCACUCGGGACAAAACAGAGGAGUGGGUGUCAGAUCGAGUCUGGAUCAACAAGAUUACAUAGGCCAGUUUCAGAAUGGAAGCCACACAAAGUAUGCAAUGGAGAGUAACACAACAUAUCUGGCACAGCAUCCCGACCAGCAUCAGAACGACAGCAGACCUCAUCCAAACCUGUCUUUAGGAGGAUACUUGUGACUGAUCAGCUGGCAAUCAUGAAGAAAUAGAGCAAAAACACUUGGCGGAACUUCAUUCAUACCUAUGAGAGGUUGGGAUGAUCAGUGGCUGUGGUCAUACAAACCCAUAAUGGCUGGGCCAGAAAAGAGCACCAGCAGAGUACAGGAUGAGGAGGAGGAAG